GAUGGAGCUAGUAUAAUAUUUUUUAAUGCUCGUAGCAGAACACGAAGUUGGUUUAAUUAUUCGUGUCACAAAUUAUACACUUUGUUGCCUGAAUGCUGUUCAUGGUUUUAUGCUCUUUGGUUGUAUAGAUUGAUAUUUUUCUUGGUAAUAUGGAAUUGGCAAGGAAGCCAAAUUUUGAGGCCAUUCAGCCUCAGGAAGUCUCAGAUAGUGUUGAACUUGUUCUGCUUUGUGCCUGCACCACCACACCGUCGCACACCACUUGUAAAAGCAUGGAAAAACCAGAUUUACGAUCCCAUUCGCAAUGAGAUGAAAAUUGACAUCCGCAUGAAUCUUAAGGCAAAGCAGGUUGAACUUAAGACUAUGCCUGACACCUCGGACAUUAGCAACCUUUACAAGUGUGCUAGCUAUGUUCAAGCCUUCAUGUUGGGCUUUGAACCUGAGCAAAUAAGGGAUGUUUUUCUCAAGUAUGAUCAUUUUCAUAUGUCUACAAUCGAUAUGCUGGAUGUCAAGCGUACACUUAAGGGGAAUCAUUUGACUCGAGCCAUUGGAAGGAUUUGUGGGAAAGGUGGCAAGACCAAAUUCAUGAUUGAAAAUGCUACUAAAACUAGGCUUGUAGUUGCUGCUUACAAGAUUCACAUUGUGGGUUCUCAUGAUGCUAUCAAAAUUGCAACGGACUGUCUAUGCCGCCUUAUUAUGGGCUCCCCUGCUGCUAAAAUCUCUUCAAGGCUAAGAACUAUCACAGCUCGAGCAUCUGAUAGAUUCUAA